AGCAUACAAGAUAUAUCAAUGGCAUUGGAAUGGGUAGUACUAGGGUACGCUGCCGCUGCGGAGGCUAUAAUGGUGCUCCUUCUUACUCUACCUGGUACCCAUAUUCUUCGUAAAGGCAUAACCGGGGUUACUCGCAAAUUAUUGAAACCGUUUUUAAGUAUCUUACCUUUCUGUCUAUUUCUAAUGAUGGAUUUAUACUGGAAGUUUGAGAAAUGGCCUCGCUGCAAAUCACCGGAAUCAUGCACGAUAGCUGAGGUUCUCCGGCACCAGAAAUCAAGAAUGAAAUUGGAGAAGAAUGCUUUAUUAAUUGCUGCAGCUCUAAUGUUGUAUUGGCUUCUUUACUCUGUUACUCAUCUUGUUGUCAAGAUUGAACAGUUGAAUCAGAGAGUUGAGAGAGGAUUGAAGAAUAAGGAUUGAUCUUAUUA